GAGCCGGGUAGUGACACAGCGGCCGUAUCAGUCAUUCCCCCUGUCCGUAAUCAACAAUGUCUCCAAUGGUCGUGUUUACACACAGAUGCAGAAUGUCAGAAGGGGACAGUGUUGGGGAGUCAAUCCAUGGGAAACCAUCUGUAAUCGCUGCGUUUUUCACACGGAUUGGACAGGUCUAUCAGUCAUGGCUAGACAAGUCAACGCCAUUCUAUGCAGUGCGAUGGGCAGCCACUCUACUACUUACUGCUGUAUACAUGAUCAGAGUGUACAUACUACAGGGCUGGUAUAUAGUAACAUAUGCUUUGGGAAUCUACCAUCUCAACCUGUUCAUUGCUUUUCUAUCGCCAAAAGUGGAUCCUUCAAUGCUUGACGAAGAUGAAGGCCCAUCCCUUCCGACCAAGCAGAAUGAGGAGUUCCGCCCUUUCAUCAGGAGGUUGCCUGAAUUCAAAUUCUGGCAUUCAGCGACAAAAGGCAUUGUCAUCGCCAUGAUUUGCACAUUUUUUGAAGCCUUCAAUGUGCCAGUGUUCUGGCCUAUACUUGUAAUGUACUUCAUCAUGCUCUUCUGCAUUACCAUGAAGAGGCAGAUCAAGCAUAUGAUCAAGUACAGAUACCUACCCUUCACACAUGGGAAGAGGACAUACAAAGGCAAGGACGACACAGGGAAAGCUUUUGCUAGUUAAAAACUCCCACUUACCAUCCCCUCCCUCUAAUUUGAAAUUUAUCAGCCACAGCUAGUGGGGGGUGACACGGGUUAGAGAUUUUUUUUGUUUGUUUUUUGUAAGGGGGACAGUAACAUGAGAACAUAACGUAAAAAAUAAAAAUUUUGAUCCAUUGUUGACAGUGUUGUAAGACGAUAUGAGCAGCACGGAUCAAAUUAGUUUGGAAAUAUUGCCUUUGUCUAUUAAAGGGUAGGGGGAGGACUUGGAUCCUCAUUUUAGAAUUGGUCUUCAUUUGUUCAGUAGUAGGUGAGACUCAGUGCUGCCUUUUGCCUUUUUAACCCCACGGGGUAAGUAUAGUCAUCAAAUAUGAACCACACUGAAAAAAAACAUUGCAGUUAAAAAUUGAUGGUGAUUAGUGAUCAUUGGUGAUUGGUGAUUUCAGUACAUCUCCUGGUCCCAAGUGAAUAAAUUGGAAAAUUUUUGAUUAAUAAAGUGGAGGCUACACAUUUCUAACAAGUUAUAUAUUGAAAGUCAGUUGUGUUAUUAGCAUAAUAAUGUGAUUAGACUAAAUUUGAAGGAAAUGCAACAGUCAUCAAGUUGAAAAAUAGUGCUAAAAGUGUGCUGCUACUGCUGCUGCUCUGGCUUACGAGUAUCUCUGCCAGUUGUCCUUUGUAGUAAAUGCAGACACUUUGGAGAAACUAGUCACAUUUCACUUGAAUAUGCAUUCAUGAUAGGCACAUAUUGUAAUCUCUUGAAAUUAUUUCACAAUAUGAAUAUUUUUUGAUUGUCAUAAAUCAUGAAUUGGCUAAAAAUACAAUUCUGUAUAUUACCCGAUUCUCACUGGUGUAGCCAGUGGAGCAACCACCAGUAUUGAUGACUAAAUUUGAAUCCUCUCUCACCCACCACAUCAUUGGAUGCAUAAUUCAGGAUGAGUGUCACUAAUCCCAACCCAUUUAGUCUCCUGUAGCCUGUAGUCUACCUUUUUUAAAAAUCAGUUAUUUUUGAUUAGACACCAUUGUAGAUUUUGGCAGAUGGGAUACUUUGUAAUUGAACAUCCCCAAUAAACCAAAUUCAGUCAUUUUGGGGGGCAUUUUGCUUGAAAUGGCAAGUUGACAAAUUUGCUUUACCUCAGAUUUUUACACCAUUAUGUGGAAAAUGAUUGAAAACAUACCUUUUCUUCAAAGUGCACACCCAGUAUUUAAAUCCAAUUUGUACCAGGGUAUAAUCUGAGGUAAUAGUCAAGCAAUUCCAUAAAAACCUGGCUGACCUUUUCUCUUUGAAACAUUUAUCCAUCUGUGUUUCAAAGCCUGUGGCCCAUUUGAUUUGUGUAGACUAGCUGUUGUACUCCUUUAUAAUCUGUGUUUACUUUGAAAACAGUUAUGGUAAAUAUAGUCAUUCCAAGCAAACUGUUGUUCUCUUUCUUUUACAGAGGAAACAUAAGAAAACUGAGAUUGAGAGCUUUUAUUAUAACAAAUGGAUGAAGUGGGUGGAGAUCACACUUUCUUUUCUAUAACCCUGUAAUUUUUUUUUUCUUCAUUUUUAUCAAUGCUGGGGAUUUUCUGUCAUUACUGAACUUUGAUCAGCACUGUAGUAAGGGAUCAAAACAUUUUCCUGUAAAAAGUUGAUGUUUCAAAGGGUUGUCUGGAGGAUUUAUGUAUAUAUAUAUAUUUUAAAAUAUGAAUUUUCUUUUGAGAUUUUUUUUCUUUUUCUUCCAACCACCAUACUAUUUACAAGUGUUAAAAUCCAUUUCAGCUGAAAUUGAUGAAAGCAGAACUGGUUAAUUGGGUUCUUGAUUUGAUUAAUUUAAUAUGUUUCUCAUGGAUUGCAUGUUAUUGUUUUCUUGUGCUAAAGUUAUAAAAAAAAAAAACAACCUUGAUUUUAAUAACUUAAGUGUAAUUUUUUCACUCCAAAUGCUAUUAAAGAGGCUGUGUCCCUUGAAACAGUA